AGCGGCUACAAGAACUGUAAACAUCAAACACGUGAAAAUCAUCAACAAAAACUAUUAUAUUUGAUUCAUUUGUACAAUAAACGAUGCCAGGGGAUUUCAAAAUUAAUAAAGCUUAUGCUGAACAAUAUAAUUCUUGGCGACAGAGAGAGGAACUUCAGAAAUUAAAAGACAAGUAUGGAGAUGAGGAUGAAGAUUCUUCAAGUUCCUCUGAGUCAGAAGAUGAAGAUGCUGAGGCCCUCACACAGCAGCUUGAACGAGAUUGGCUUAGAACACUUUCUGCGUUAAAAAGCAAAGAUCCUCGAAUAUAUCAGAAGGAUAUAAAGUUUUAUGAUGAUGAAGACAGUAAUCAAGAAACUGGUGAAAAGAAAAAGAAGAAAGAUAAGCCAGUGUUCUUGAAGGACUAUGAAAGAAAAGUUCUUUUGGAAAAAGGCGGAGUGGUGGAUGAGAGUGCGGAGAUGAGGGCCUCCACCUCGGGUCAGCUAACAUACCAUGAGGAACAGGAGAAGAUCAGGAAGAGCAUUGUGAAGGCUGUUGAGAGUUCGGGCUCAGACUCCGAGACAGAAGACGGUCUGCUGGUUCCACGACAAAAAUCCCAGACAGAGAAACAGAAGGAGGAAGCAGACUAUCUAGAGUGGAUUAAGGGACAGAAAGAUGAUGUAGGGGCUGAUAAGGAGGUUGGAGUUGAACUAGAACCAUUGAAGAACUACUGGCAGAGCAGAGGAUUAGAUGAAGGAGAAAAGUUCCUGAAAAACUACAUCCUUAACAAACAGUAUCUGGACAACGAUGAUGAGGAGAUGCCAACAUAUGAUGAAAUCGUGAAUGAAGAGGAUGAAGACUUAUCUGAUGAUGACGAGCUACUUGUUAAGCAGGCUGAUUUUGAAAGGAAAUACAACUUCAGGUUUGAGGAGCCAGAUGCCGCUGAGGUCAAGACUUUUCCGAGAAACAUGGAAGACACAGUGAGAAGAAAAGACACCAAAAGAACAGAGAAAAGGAAAGAAAUUAAGGAAAGGAAGAAACAAGACAAGGAAAAGAAGAGAGAGGACCUGAAGCAGAUGAAGAAGUUGAAACGCCAGGAGAUACUCGACAAAAUCGGGCAACUGCAGAAAAUCACAGGAAACAAGCAGCUCGCUUUUAACGAGGAUGACUUGGAUGAGGAUUUUGAUCCAGCUAAGCAUGACGAAAUGAUGGAGAAACAAUUCAAUGACCAGUAUUAUGGUGAGGAUGGCGGAGAGGAAGUUAAACCCACUUUUGAAAUGUCCGACGACGAAUAUGACACAGAGAAGUGGGAGAACUGGACGGGAAAUGAAGGUGGAUCUGGUGACCAAGGUUUCGAUGAGGAAGGAGAGCCCAAUAUUGACGACCCGGACUUCUGUAUGGACGCUGACUACGACCCAGUCGCUGAUCAGGAGAGGAAACUGAAGAAAAAAAGCAAGAAGAAGCACAAGCUGGCUCAGGCCCUUAGCACGAAGAAACCUGUCUUUGACCCAAGAGAGAAGACUUUUGAGAAUUACUUUGACGAGUACUACAAACUGGAUUAUGAAGAUAUUAUUGAUGACAUCCCGUGUAGGUUCAAGUACAGAAAGGUCACACCCAAUAAUUAUGGGCUCUCUGUUGAUGAGAUUCUCAAAGCUAGAGACAAGGAAUUGAAUGCGUGGGCAUCUGUGAAGAAAAUGAGUCAAUACAGGACAGAGGAUGAGGAACAGAUCGACAUCAAGGUGUUCACAGCCAAGUCCCGCAAUGAGAACAGGAAGAAACAGGUCCUUACCAGUCUCUUCGAAACUGAGGAGGAAGCAGAAGAGAAGGCAGCAUCGUCAACAGCAGCCGGAAAUAAAGGAGAGGCUGGAGGGAAAAAGAAGCGGAAACGAGGGAAAAAGAAGAAACAAAACACAGGAGUGGAAACUGCUGACAGCUCUCAGGAAAACAAUGGAAAUAGUCAGGAAAACGUUGGGAGUAGUCAGGAAGAGGAAGAAGAGAAGGUCGAUGAUGGGAGUAUGGACGAAGAUGUUGAGGGUGAGGAGGAAGGUGAUGUUGUUGUAAGAACUGCUGAUAAUGUGACAAAAGUUGGUGAAACUGGGGGUGAGAGUGGGAAGAAACGAAGAAAGAGAAAAAAGAAAAAGAAUGCGGCAAAUGUUGAUGCCGGUGUUGUUGAUAAUUCACAAGAUAAGCCUGGUAAUGGUAGUGGUGGAAAUGUUAAAGCUGUCCUUGACGAUCAUGUUGGAAACAAAAUUGGAGCUAACAGUGAUGCUAGAAAAAGGAAACUAGAUGAUGGAGAUACAGAAGCUCCAGGUAAAAAGAAGAAACAAAAAAAAGAUAACACUGCAACAAGGAAUCAGACAGACAAAGCUUCAGAUCAUAAUGAUGUUACACUUGAUCAGAAACUGAGUAAAGCAGAGAGAAGGAAAUUGAAGAAUCAGAGAAGGAAGGAAGGAAAGAAGUUGCAAAUGUCAGAUGAGAGACUGAAAGCGUAUGGAAUUAACCCGAAGAAGUACAAGUAUAUGAGCAAAGAGGAACUGCAUCAAGUUAAACCUAGAAAAGAGAACAAGCAAACAUGAGAGAAUGGGAAUAGGAGUGGGAUAGUUCAAAUAAAGUUGUCCAUUUUAAAGGAUAAUUGUACAUUUUAACAAGGUCUGAAAUUGAGCUCUGAAUAGUAGACUCUGUGUUGUUUAUUUACAACCAGAAAGCAUAUUUUGGGAGGUGGUAUUUUUAAACAAGAAGAAAAUCGCACCACAUUAAUGUGAAAUUUGUUGAUGGCCAGGUAGUGUCUUAUCUAUCAUACUUUGUGUUUUUUUAGUGUUGAUUUGGAUAAAGAAUGAAGUUUUUAAUAAUUGUUUAACAUUUGAGAAAACAUUUGUUAGUGGUUUACUUUAUGAUGAUGUAUAGUAUAAUUAUAAAUAAAUAAAAUUUGAUAA